GCUAAACAGAGAAACCAGAUCAGCGGCAGCAACGGCGACUAAAAGCAGGAUUACUAACAAAGUAAGAAGAGUAACAUUUAACUAUCUAUUCAAAGAAGAAGACAAGGCUUCUUGUGGCGCUGCUGGCCGUUUGAGUUCCCCCCAGAAAAACAGCCAAAAUGACGGCGGCGGUGUUUUUCGGCUGCACCUUCAUCGCUUUCGGCCCAGCUAUCGCUCUGUUCCUGUUUACCAUCGCUAAGGAGCCACUGAGGGUCAUUUUCCUCAUAGCAGGAGCGUUUUUCUGGCUGGUGUCUCUGCUGCUGUCCUCUCUCGUGUGGUUCAUCUCGGUUCAGAUCAGUAACAAAGAGAGUGCGACGCAGCAGAAAGGUCUGCUCAUCUUCGGCGUGGUGCUGUCCGUCCUGCUGCAGGAAACCUUCCGCUUCGGUUACUACAAGCUGCUCAAGAAAGCAAAUGAAGGCCUCCUCACUCUCAGUCAGGAGGAGACCAUGCCGAUCUCCAUACGGCAGCUUGCCUACGUUUCCGGCCUUGGCUUCGGCUUCAUGAGCGGAGCGUUCUCUGUGGUGAACAUCCUGGCUGACUCAGUGGGACCGGGGACUAUUGGUAUCCACGGAGACUCACAGCACUACUUCCUGUCCUCAGCCUUUAUGACCAUGGCCAUCAUCCUGCUCCACAUGUUCUGGGGUGUCGUCUUCUUCGACGCCUGUGAGAAGCAGCGCUGGUGGGCGGUAGCUGCCGUCGUCGUCAGCCACCUCUUAGUUUCAUGUCUGACCUUCCAGAACCCCGAGUACGUCGCCAGUCUCGUCCCCACCUACAUCAUCCUGUUGGUGAUGGCCGUCUGGGCGUUUUACUCGGCCGGCGGCUCGCUCAGGAACCUCAAACUCUGCCUCACCUGCAAAGACAAGGACUUCCUGCUGGCCAACCACCGGCCCAGAUAACGCAGCACGCCAAGGGCAGCGUGCAGGACUCUCUAUCCAAAGAUCACCCAGUUCACACACACACACACACACACACACACACACAUAUGCUGAACACAGUGAAGAAGGAGUGUUAAUCCUCUUGUUAAUCUACUUUUUCACUGCUUUACACCCACUGGGGGUUUUUCAUCAUCUAAAUCGUCCACAAGGAAAAAAAAAAAAGGUAAAAGCAGUGAGUGUUUUUUCUCAGAGGAGACGAGCGAACACGGGAGAUUAUUUUUAUCUCUGACAGUGAUUCAUGUUUUGCUCAGAAGCUCAGUUUGUACAGAUUUAAUUCACAUCUGAUAAAAAAAAAUAAUAAUAAUAAUAAUAAUAAUAAUGAUGUGGCUUUUUUCUUAUCUGGUCUUCUAAAAGAAACAACAGGUGAAUAAACUAAAUUCAGUCUUUAAUUAUUAAACAGUCAAAAGCUUCAGAUGUGUCAAAUCUUUCAAAUGGUGGAUUUAUCAUUCAUGAACAAAAACUCUUUGUGUAUAUAUGUAUGCAUUUUUAAAUCCCUGAUGUGUAGAUAGUCACAGGUUUUC